CAACGCCCCGCUUCUCUGAGGACGGGGGUGGAGGUGAGGUCGCCCGGGUGUCCGGCUCAGGCGGGGCCGCAGGUCGCAGCGCCGUCCGCUCCCCACGCGCGGCCGUUCCUUCGGGGCCCCGGAGGGUCCCGGGUGGGCGGGCUGACCGGGGCGGUUCCCGCAGGGGACUUCGUGCACCAGCCUAAGGCUGAGUGUCAUUUCACCAACGGGACGCAGCGGGUGCGGUACCUGCGCAGAGAAAUCUACAACGGGGAGGAGAUCGUGCGCUUCGACAGCGACGUGGGGCAGUUCCGCGCGGUGACCGAGCUGGGGCGGCCGGACGCCGAGAAGUGGAACCGGGACAAGGACUUCAUGGAGCGGACGCGGGCCGAGCUGGACACGGUGUGCAGACACAACUACCCGAUGGACGAGGCCAGGGUCUCGCACCAGCGAGUGGAACCUACAGUGACCGUCUCCCUGUCCAAGACGGAGGCUCUGAACCACCACAACAUGCUGGUCUGCUCGGUGACAGAUUUCUAUCCAGGCCAGGUCAAAGUUCGGUGGUUCCGGAACAACCAAGAAGAGACAGCCGGCAUUGUGUCCACCCCCCUCAUUAGGAAUGGGGACUGGACCUUCCAGAUCCUCGUGAUGCUGGAAAUGACCCCCCAGCGAGGAGAUGUCUACACCUGCCACGUGGAGCACCCCAGCCGCCAGAGCCCCAUCACAGUGGAGUGGAGGGCGCAGUCUGAGUCUGCCCAGAGCAAGAUGCUGAGUGGCGUCGGGGGCUUCGUGCUGGGGCUGAUCUUCCUGGGCCUUUUCAUUCGCCAGAGGAAACAGAAGGGAUCUCACGGGCCUCCACCAGCAGGGCUCCUGAGCUGACUCCUGAGGAUACUUUGACUGGGAUUGGCUGUUCCUUCUGCAAUGCCUGCUUGCCCCUGCCCAGAACUCCCGCUGCCUGUCAGCCCGUCCCCCUCUGAGAUCAGUGUCCUACAGCGACUCCCACACAGUUGCUGGGUCGCUCCUGUGACCCUGGGGUCUGUGCCUCUGGGCUGCCGGCCGAACCUACUCAAAGUCCUGAGGCUUUUUUUGUUGUUGUUUCUAUUUCCUCCCACAGACUGUUCAGGAGAAGCAUGUUAAAGCCUUUACCUGACUGUAGAGCUUUUAUCAUAAUUAAACAUGUUAUGUGUUGUCUGUAUACCGAGACUUCUUAGCUGGAGGGAGGAGGGAAGCUACUGCAGAAUGAAAGGAACAUAUUUUGUUCCUUGAGGGAGACUGGAGGCACCUUGGGGAGCCAUGUGAAAAGUGAGCAGAGGAGGGGAAAAACUGUAAUAAAAUAAACAAUAAAAUAUAAGAACAAAUUUUAAAACUUUA